AUGUUUCCAAAUCCGAUUCCGUAAUCCAAAUAAAGAGGUAUAUCGUAACCUAGUCGAGGACAGCCCGUCAGUGUUACAUUCAAGAGGAGAAGGCCAGACAAAUAGAGAGAGAGAACCAAUUACUUUUUCAAAAAAUACUUGGCAUUACAACGAAACAGAGAAACAGUUCAACAACUCCAACUAAAACAACAUUAAAUUAUAAAACCAGAAAGGAUUUUCAAUAGAAGAUAAUGGAUGAAAACUAAAAGCUAUUCACUAGAAUCAAUUAGCAAACAUCGUAUUACAAGAUGUAGAAGUUGUAACCAAAAUCAUUAUCUAAGCAAAGAGCAAAUUCCUCUGUAAGUAUUUAAUAAUAGUGUAUAGUAUUUGCCAAGUAAGAAAACUUAAGAAUUAUAUUAGAGCAUUAUAGAGUAGGAUGGUUUAGUUUACAAAAUAAAGAUUAUGAUAGAUGGAUAAUUAUUUAAGAUAAUGGCCACGACAGAGGAACAAUCAUAUACAAGAGUAUUGGAGAUGAUGAAAAGUGAUGGAAUUCUACUGUUGAAAAAUGUUUUUUAGAAUGAUUAUCAAAAAUUGGUGGGAAGUUUGUAGAUAUCCAAUAAAAUAACAAUAAAAGGGAUUGAACUGAUAGAGACUCAUGGCAAUUUUGGUUGA